CCCUAAGCUACCGGGUCCAUAAAGAGCAGUUGCGGGAUCCUUUUAUUAGUAGCUUAAAUUAUGACGUAAGAGAUUUCUCAACGAAUACUCAUAACUGAUUUGUUCAAGCGUCCUUUCCCCUCUGCUCUUCUUGCCUAUUCCAAUUUUCUUUUAGUUUUUUUUGUGUUAGGGUAACUUCAGUGGUCCUGCAUAAACGACUCAUGAAAAAGUUAUCAUUUUCCAUAACAAAAUCAAAAAUUGCCAAUAAAGAAGUAGGAGUGGGGGUAAUAAUAAUCUACAAAUCUUUCAUUAACAAAUAAAUAAAUGCAUUCAUAAAUAUUUGAUUUUUGGGCAGCAAAAAUGUCAGAAUUUCCUCAAAUAGAUCAACAAUUGCAAUAAAUUUAUUUAUUGAACUUUUGUUAUUCUUUCCACCCCUAUUUUCAAAUUUAUUAUGGCUGCUGUGGUGUCCUUCUGGGAAUUCCUCCAAAAUUUACUUUGGAGGAUUUUUUCCAGAAAUAGGGUAAAAGCCCCCUUCUCCGGCCUAGUACCUAUAUUCAUCUCAUUUUGUCUCAAAGACUAAAGAUGUGCGCCGUCGAGAUUUAUUACUUCACGCCGCCGGAUGUUUUGAUUUUCUAGCACGCCGCCAGCUUAAAACUCAUCACGCCACCGAACUUAGAAUUUCCCCAAUAAUCUUCAGAAAAUAAUCGAUUUAAGUUUAAACGCUCCCAAAAUGAAUGCAUGUCAUUCAUUGCCGAAUAAACAAAAUAUUUCGUUCAAUGAUCCUGUUGAGAUUUUAGUUACUUUUUAGUCACUUAUAUAUCAUCAUAUAAAAACCCUAGCAAAUAUCAUAUUCUUCACACAAGGUGUAUAAAGCAUGCAAUGACAGCAUGCAUGCUUUUCCCUGCGUGACGUCAUAACGACGUUCGUUUAUAACACUAGUUUACAAAAUAAAACGAAAGUCGUGAACUUCUGUCAACGACCAAAAUUUUUGAAGCAUAAUUUAGCGCUGAUUUCGAAACCGUGCUUCAAAAAAUUUAAAGUAGAACAGUUUUUGAGUUUUAGCUCAAUAUCGAGUUUUACAACUUUUUAAAAUAUGGAAUUUAAUAAAACUCAAAUAUCUUGCGUUUUGUUCAACCAAUUUUAAAUCUUUUUCCAUAAAUUAAAAGCUGACUAUAAUACUAUUCGAUCAUCUGAAUGCAGGUUUUGUGUCAGAUUGAUGAAAUUCAAGAUAUUUACGAGUUUAGGGGACGAUCUCCUUAAAUUUUAGCAAAAUUUCCAAAAAUAUAUGAAGAUUUGUAUUUUUUUCAACGAGUAAAAAACGAUUUAAAAAUUCUUUCUCGACGUUUUUUUGACAUAUCAUAUGUAAGCGAGUUACAGUAAAAAAUUCAGCUCCAUCGGAGCAUUGAUCACGGAGAAUGAGAUGUUUUAAGUGAGCGACAUUGCUUAAAAAUAGAACAAAAAUUGGUUUCCAAAAAUCAACCUUGUAUGGAAAGUCGAAAAAAUUUCCGCUCUACUGUAAUUUUUUUCCUUCGCGUUUUCGAACUCAGGGCAUGAUUCUACACCAAAAACAAUCAUCAGCUUACCAAGUUCAAAAAUGCUGUAAACUAGUGUAAUUGAGGGGGUUAGAAGCAAAGGGGUGUAAGUGACAAAAACCCACUUUCGAGUAAAUGAGGUUUAAAAUUUUUCAUCAUUUUUUCAUUACAUACAUACAAAAUGUGAGGAAUUUCAAAAUAAACCCAAUUUUCUCCGAUUUAUUAUAAGUUUUUUUUAAUCAUCGUAAAAAUAAUCUUAAAAAAGUUCUUGAAAGCUUGAAAUCUGAAGAAUUCAGGUCCUAAUAAUUCAAUUCAUGCCAUAACUUAAGAAUUAUUUAGGCAGCAUCCAUUUAUUACGUAACGCUAAAAUUGAAAUUUUUGCGACCCCCCUCCCCCUCCGUAACGCUUUUUUGUAUGAAAAUCCAAAAUUUUUUGUAUGGGCCGUAACGCUUGGUCAUACUCUCGGUCAUACUACCCCCCUCCCCCAAGAGCGUUACGUAAUUUGUGGACUGCGCCUUAUGGAUUUUUUUAUUUAUUAUGGAGCGUUUAAUUGUCUGCCGCACUAUAUACGAGUGCGCAAUUACAAGUUACUACACUAAAACCUUAAUUUAUGCACAUGGCUGGGGGUGCAUAAAUUAAAAAAGGCAUAAAAUGAGGGAAAUUCGUGCAUAAAAAAACUCCUCCAUAACGCUUCCGUAACGCCUCUGAAUCCCGUCGAAAAUGCUCUGAAACUUCCUGAAAUGCCUCGAAAAUCCCCCUAAACCCCUAAACCCCCCUCGGACCCCAUGUAACGCACCUGCGACGCUCCGAAACCGUUGAAAACUCAUUCGUAACGCUUCCGUAACGCUUCUGAAUCUCGCCGAAAAUGCUCUGAAACUUCCUUAAAUGGCUCCAAAAUUCCCCUUAAACCGCCUCGGACCCCAUGUAACGCACCUGCGACGCUCCAAAACCCCCGAAAUCUCCUCCGUAACGCUUCCUUAACGCCUCUGAAUCCCAAACCCCAAAAUUCCUCUUAAUAAGACGCUCCGAAACCCCCGAAAACGAAUCCGUAAGGCAUCUGAAUCCCGCCAAAAAUGCUCUGAAACUUUCUGAAAUGCCUCCAAAAUCCCUCUAAAAUCCCCUCGGACCCAAUGUAACGCAUCUGAACCCCCAAAAACGCCUGCCUAACGCCUCCGAAUCCAUCUAAGACCCACUUGCACCCGUUUAACGCACGUGAGAUCCUCGGAAACCCCUGAAAACGUACCUGUAACGCCUCCAAACCCCGUCGAAAAUCCUCUGAAACUCUCUGCAAUGCUUUCGAAAACCUCCGAAAACCCCCCGGAGAUCUCCUGGUACCUCGCGGAAACCCCUGGGAACCCCCUGAAACUCCCCUGUGACUUCCAUUUGCUCAUCCUUAUAAACACCCUUUAGCCGCCGUUGCAAUAGUUACCGUCAUUAUUAAAUAUUCUUAUGCACAAUAUUGGUUCUGAGUAGCUUUCCCUUAAUUUAUGCAGGUCAUAAAAAAAAGAUGCAUAAAUUAAAAAGUGCAUAAAAAUAACAUGCAUAAAUUGAGGUUUUAGUGUAUUUACAUUCUCAUAUGCAAAGUAUAGUUUGUUAAAAUGUUUCGCUAUAUGAAAUGUAAAAGAGCGAAAUAUUGAAAUCUCAUUUUUAACGCCGCCGCCGCCGACGACCAAAAAAGAUGUUUUAAGGACAAACGUCUUGAAAUCCCGCUUCAGCAGUGCAUUGAAACUCCAGACGCACAAAUCUCAAGAAGCAAGCCUCAAACAACAAUGCAUUUUAUUAUUCCGUUCUUGCUCACUUGUAAUUAGCUUAAAAUAAGAAGCUCAGGUGCGCUGGUUUUGUUUACGAAGAGAUUUGUGCCCUCAAAAUCGUGCCAGACAUCAAGAAACAAGUAGUUAAUUGAAUGAGAUUUGGUCACUACAAAUACGAUGUUUUUUCAAUCAGAAUAUGGUCGUUUCUUGGUUUAACAUCUUGGUAAUCGAACUUCUACGCAAAUCGAUCAAUAAUUUCAUUUUCCAACGCCAUUUCUUUCAAAAUAUUUGGUUUGGUUUUCAUCUAAACAUGCUGCUACCGCUCAAGCUUUACGAACUAUCAUCCAGUUCGGCAGCACUGAUUUGCCAAUCAGCUGUGAAUGUAUGCGAGUGCAAAACGUGGGAAGCGAGCAUCUCGGCGAGCAUAGACGAUUCGUCGCGCCGCACAUUGUUGUGACUUCUCCUUUGCGAGAGAGAAAAACAAUCACAAUGAAACUGUCACCUGCUAGGGAAAGGGAGUGCGUUAGUAGGUGAGUGCAGAAUGCUCUACGAUGAGAAAAUGUGAGAGUGGUUGUGGAUUUGCUGUAAAUACUGUUGAGAUGAAAAAGGGGCCACCCGGUGGACCGCGAUGAGAUGAAAAUUUUACGGUGUGCUGAAGAUAGGUGCGAGUGGCUCGCGAUUUGUGAUCGCAAUUAAAUCAAAUAUUGAAGAUAAAUCCCACUCUAGUGCAUCGUAGGAUCAACAGUGGAAGUGAGCACGUGUGUUAAAGGUUUGUAUCAUUAAGUUUGAAGCGUAUACAUUGCGCUGUGAGUGAUUUUUCAUGUUGCACAUCCUUAAUGAGACUAAGAUAGGCACAAAUACCCAACCUUGUGAGGAUUCUUCCAGGAAUUUCAUCAGAUGAUGUCCAGUGGCUUCUUUGAAUUCCUCUAGUCUUUUUAUAGGAACUUCUCCAAGAAUUCUUUUAUAGGUUUCUUAGGGAUGACUACAUAGGCAUUCGAUGUACAGGGGAUAGUCAAAAUGAUCGGGACAGGCAAAAUUUUCACUUUUGAAAAAAUGUUCAACUAGCUGUAACUAUUCUGAAAGUGCAUCAAAAAUACUCAAAUUUUGACCGUAAUUUGCUAAAGUAAUUGUGUAUCAGUGGUCCAAAUUUGAAAAAGCUAUUCGGGCUAUUCUGCACGAAGUUAUAAAGAUUCUAGAAAAAGGCAUCAAUAUUCGAUGGCCAACUUUGAGCUGUUAUAUCUCCGGAUUCUAGAAACCUAUUGCAAUGAAAUUUUGACCAUUUAUGACUUAUAUAAUGAACUCUGAAAAACAUUUGUCUUAACUUGAAAUUAUCAACAAGAGAAUACAUUAUAGCGAUUUUAUUUUUUUUUUCGCGAUUUUUUAGUAAAUUGGUCUAUUUUUGAUAUGCAUCCCAUUACUUUUUCUAAUUUAUUGGCGGCUAUGUUGUUACUUGCCUCCAAAACACAAUAAUAUAGAAAUCAAUCAUAGGAAAAUUAAAUGAACAAUAGUUUGCAUCUUGAAUUUUGACACGAUGUUGACGUUUUUGAUAAUUUGGUGUUUUAUUAGAAAAAUAUUCUGAUCGUUAUAAUUUUCUUCCGUGUUAAGAAUUUUAAGUUAGGUUGGAAGUUUUUCAAAGCUCAUUAUAUAAGUCAUAAAUAGACAAAAUUUCAUUGCAUUCAGUUCAUUGAAUCCGGAGAUAAAACAGCUCAAAGCUGGCUAUCGGAUAAAUCUACCUUUUUCAAGAAUCUUUAUAACUUCGUGAAGAAUAGAAUAGGUCAACUUACAGUGAACAUUUGAGAAUAUUUGAUGAACUUUUCUAAAAGUUACAGCUAGUUGAACAUUUUUUGAAAAGUGAAAAAUUUGCCUGUUCCGAUCAUUUUGUCUAUCCCCUGUAUUCCUUCUUAGUAUUAACCAUUACCAUAUUCAUGGUGCGUGUACUCAGUACACGACGCGACCGCUCCCGGGUUAAGACUAUUAAUCUGCUGCGUUCAGUUGUCAUAGGAACUUACGUAUUUUCGGCAGUUUUGUUCUCUUCGUCAUGGGUUUUUUAACCUGUUGAUCUCAGAGUUGACCUCAAAUCCUUCCCAACCAAGCUGAGUUGUAUUCCCAAAUUUCAGGCAAUUCGGCUCACAAGAAUCCCCCAUGACGAAGAGAACAAACCUGCCGAUAAUACCCUUCAUCACCCUAUUUUAAAACAGCCAACUGAGAAAUUUGAAGCGAUUUCUCGGUUGUCUUAUAUUCGAUUGAGCUAUUUUUUGUGUAAAGUUGGAGCAUUUAUGUAUGUAGUAAGCUUGGAUGAAACACAACAACAAAAAUUGCGGUGGACAUAAAGUGGGUGGCAUCGUGUAUAAUGAUUUUCGACUGAAUUUUCAGAACGGGACCAAAGGAAAGAUGUUAAAAAUCGAUGUUCGUUAUCAUUUUCAUAUUGUUGUUAAAUAGAAACACACGCGAAUCGUUGCUUUAAAAACACAUGAGUUGCAUAGCGCUCGUACGCCAAGUGAGUUACUGAUUGCCCACUUCUUACUUUUUAAUUUUCAAUGCUUCACCCUCUUUGCCCUUUAUUUAUCAUUCGAGCGGGUUCGAAGCAAAGGGGUGACAAAAUGGUCACUUACACCCUUUUGCAUCUGGGCCCCUCAUUUCUCAUUGCUAACUACUCCUUUCUGCUCACUUCUUACUCCUCACUGAUUCACUUUUUACAGUUAUAUUAUGAAUAUUCACUCUUGCUUACCAGUGAAACUCACACUUUCUUUUUCACUGUUCACUGCUCACUUUUCAUGCCUCUCUUCUCACUCCUUACUUCAUCAUACUUCUCACUCUGGGAUCCAUUCAAAUUUUAAUAUUUUAUGGGCAGUGCCUCUACACUUUUUACUGCUCACUCCUCUCUUCUCUCUUCCCACUCCACGCUUAUCACUAUUUAAUGCUCACUCCUCGCUACUCACGUAUCUCUGCUCUACACUCCUCACUGCUCAUUCUUCACUGCUCAGUCCUCACUGCUCAAUUCUUACUUUUUGCUGUUGGUUUCGCAUUACCCACUUCUGACUCUUCACUGUUUAUAUAACACUUAUAACCUCACUGCCCAGCUAACACAAAGUCUUAUCCCAAGCAACACACAUGUCAUAUAAGAGUUACGGCAGUGCAAGCUUUGGUUAUAUAAAAGAUAGUUCAAUGUUAUUUCAACACAAUGCUAGAAUAACGACCAAUUAACUUCUACACUGAAAGACGGCUUGCGGUUGAAAUUACUAUUCUGCAGGGUAAAUUUAAAUACACAACGCCACUAAAUUUGUGCAGACUGAAUUUCGUUUCAUUUCAACAGAUCAAUGUUUUCAUUUUUACCAUGGACCCGAUUUGCAAUUAAAAAAAGUAUCUGUUGGCAGCCGAAUUCGAAACAAGAACCUUGAGUUCGCCAGGCCCGCACGCUACCACUACGCUAUCGACCUGGUUGGAAUGAAGAAAAACAAAAUGCACACAAGAAGCGUUUGUGAGUCAGUGAUCACGUUUAACCGUGGUAAAUUUGAAAACAUUUUUAUGGUGGUCAUUACCGCAAGCCGUUUUUCAGUGUAUACAACCAAAACUUGCGCUGCCGUAACUCCUAUAUGACAUGUGUUUUACUUGGGAUAUGAUGUUGAAUAGGACGCUAAAGUGGAGGCCGUAUGCGUACAUCCUUCCAUUCACCCGCGUGUAAAGUGUGCGAUCGUGUGUUGACUGGGUGUUCACUGCUCACUCCUCACCGCUUCACAUGUCCCGUUUUUCGUUCCUUGUCGUAACAUCCACACUGGAACAAAGCCUGUUUCUCAGCUUAGUGUUCUAUGAGCACUUCCACAGUUAUUAGCUGAGAGCUUAUUCUGCCAAUGACUAGCUUACAUGUAUGUAUAUGACGAAUUUCGCCCCAAAUCGUAUUCGGAGUUGGCAGCACCCUCUCAGAUUACAAUGAAACUUUCUGGGUAUGUACACCAAGACUAGAUAAGCCACUUUGCAUACUUAGUUUCUUCAAAAUUUAUCUGGACUGACUUUUGAAAAGGGCUAAACUUUUUUUAUGGAUUUUUUAAAAAUGUUUUUAAUCAAAAAAUGACUACUCCUACAAAAAAAUGUUGUAUGGGAGAUUAUCACAAAAUAAGUCAAAUUUUAAGAAAAAAAUACUGAAAAAAAUCCAAAAUGAGCCCUACACUGAAAAAAAUCAUUUCUAAAAAUUCAAAGUUGAUUUAAAAAAAACGCCAUUUUUGAUUUUGAUGAAAUUUUGUCUCAAGACAGGUAAUUAUGUUCCCUACCAACCGUCCAUACAUCACAAGAUAGGCACUUUUAAGGAAACAAAGUUUUUCUAACAAAAACUUUUUCAUGUCCAAAUUAUUAUUUUUGAAACUUAUUGUGUCAUAUGCGACAAUGCAAUGCACCCAUAUUCACGCAGCAGCACUCUAGAAGUACGAAACAAUAUACAAUUAGAACACGCAUUUAAUACGUGCUGCUGUAAUUUCUACCCAAACGUUUCUACCCCAUGUUCUUACCUAAUAUUAGGUAAGGCUAUUUAUUAGAUUCGAACUACCUAAUCGAAAAAAAAAAAUCAAGAGUUGUACCUAAAGCAAAUAUGAACAAAACAAGAAAAUGAAUCGAUAUCAUUCAACGUGUUACUUCUCUUUGGUUAUUAAAGGCAGUUCUGAAAAGUAAUGGAUCAAUCUUAUAAAUCAAAAUUCAACAAAUUCAAGUGCAGUGCAAAAAUAAACAAUCCAAAGUGCAACCGUCAUAAUCUACGGGGCAUGUCAUUAAGAUUGAUAGAUAAGAUUCAUUCCAUGGGAUAUACACAUGAAAUCGACGAAUCGAUGAGUAUUUGUGAGUCAUGUCGUGGAUUGAUAAGUCACAACAGAAGCCCGAAUACGAAAAAACGCCGAUCGGAUGGAAACGACGAAACUAUGCAACCAUCAUUUAGUGGGCAGCAACAUCAUGAUGUUCCAGAACCAGAACCGUCAACGAGUGGUCAACAAAUCGAACAUGAGCUGGAUAUGGUACCAUCUAUUCCAUCAUUGGAGUCAAUUCCGUCAACAGAUCAACUACAGGGUCCCCAUAAUAUUGAGAAGUUUAAUACCAUUGCUGAAACAUUGAGUUUAUCGCCAAUCUCAUCUAGAAACAUGAGAAGUAUGGAAUAUCGCAUAAACAAAUCAUUGCAGAUUACGAAAGCAGUUCGAAAAAAUAUCUUCGGAAUAGAUUCAACGGAUGUUGGCAAAGUGGAGGCGAAUGACGAGAUAAUUAUGCAGUUAAAGGAUAAGUUCAAUCACCCUACAACUGACAGAAGCGAACAGAUUAAAAUACUAUCUGUACUUCCUAAGUCUUGGUCGGUAAAUAAAAUCACAAGAGAGUUUAACGCACCAAUAUAUAUGGCGAGGCAGGUGAAGGAUCUUGUUUAUGAACAGGGUAUUCUUUGUACCACCGAAAAAAGAAGGGGGCAUGGUAUUGAUGACGAUACAAAACAAAUAGUAAGAGAAUUUUUUGAUGAUAAUGAUAUCAGCAGGCCAAUGCCAGGAACAAAUGAUUUUGUUUCUGAGGUUCGAAAUGGAAAAAAACAACAAGUUCAAAAACGACUUUUGAUGAUGCUUAUAUGAUUUUUGUAGAUAUGUACAAAACUGUGAAUAUUGGUUUCACAGUAUUUACACAGUUGCGACCAAAGUAUUGUAUUUUACUUGAUUCUACUGGUAUACAUAAUGUAUGCAUAUGUACUAUUCAUGAAAAUGUAAAUUUAAUGUUCAACAGUAUAAGAAUUGUGUCACAAGAUGAAAUAAUACAAAAAAUGCUUUGCGAUAUUUCCACCAGAACAGAUAAUUGCUUUUUCCGUGCUUGUGAAAAGUGUGCUUGUAAUGAACACAUUGAAGAGGAACUUACAUUGAUAUUAGAAUCAAAAGACAAAGAAGAGAUUAUAUUUCAGCAGUGGUUGAAUACUGAUCGCUGUAAUUUAGAAACGAUUAUUAAACCUGUUGAUGAAUUUGUUCCGUAUCUUGUUGAUAAAAUUGACAAACUUAUAACACACGACUUUAUUCAUAAACAACAAUCAUCAUUUCUCAGAAAUAAAAAAGAUACAUUAAAGGAUGAUGAAAUUCUUGCGAUUUGUGAUUUCUCUGAAAACUAUUCAUUCAUAAUUCAAAACGCUGCUCAAGGAUAUCAUUGGAACAACUCGCAAGCAACAAUACACCCAUUUGAAAUUCACUAUAUGAAAGAUAAUAAACUUGUAAAUGUUAGCUUCAUUAUCAUAUCGGAAGUAAUGGCUCACGAUACAGUUGCGGUCCAGUUGUUCAUCUCAAAAAUGAUAGAUUUUAUGAAACAAUUAACGAACUUUUCUAAAAUUUAUUUUAUGUCUGAUGGGGCAGCAUCACAAUACAAAAAUAAGAAGAACUUUGCUAGUCUAUGUAGAUUCCAGUCAAAGCAUGCAUUAAGAGCAGAAUGGCAUUUUUUUGCAACGUCCCACGGUAAAGGUCCAUGUGAUGCUAUUGGUGGCACUCUCAAGCGAAUGGCAAAGAGAGCAAGUCUUGCUCGAGAUUAUGGAAAUACCAUAACAACUCCACGAGAAUUAUAUAACUGGGCAGUUGUACAGACAGAUAAAAAUAUAACUAAAUUAAAUUUCUGUUACGUAUCCACUGAACAGUACAUUAAAAUGUCAGAAGAUCUCGAAGAAAUAUAUAAUAACGCCAAAACAAUACCAGGCACUCAGAAAUUCCAUAGUUUUUUGCCUAUUCCUGGCGACAAAGUAAAGGCAAACAGGUAUUCUAAUUCAGAAGAUGAACCAAAAAUAUUUAGUAUGAUCGGAAAAAAAUAGAAAAGAACAUGUUUGAAAUUGGCUCUAAGACACAUAUAUAUAUAUUUGAAAAAUUCAUAAUUAUAAAUAAUUGUAUAUUUAAAAGUGCACUUCAAUACAUAUUGCGAUCAAACAUUACAUUUCCUAAGAAAAUACAUUUGUAAUAUUUUCAGUUUUUUAUGUAUAGGAAAACCCUUCCAAAUGAUUGAAUAAAUAACACAAAAUCUCCUAGAAAAUUGAGUUUCAUUGGAUUCUGGGAUUGUUAUGGCCUUCACUGGUUUUAUUGUUGAUAACAAAAUACACUGAAAAAAAAAAUCAUUCGAACAAGAAAAAGUUUUUGUUAGAAAAACUUUUUUUCCUUAAAAGUGCCUAUCUUGUGAUGUAUGGACGGUUGGUAGGGAACAUAAUUACCUGUCUUGAGACAAAAUUUCAUCAAAAUCAAAAAUGGCGUUUUUUUUUAAAUCAACUUUGAAUUUUUAGAAAUGAUUUUUUUCAGUGUAGGGCUCAUUUUGGAUUUUUUUCAGUAUUUUUUUCUUAAAAUUUGACUUAUUUUGUGAUAAUCACCCAUACAACACUUUUUUGUAGGAGUAGUCAUUUUUUGAUUAAAAACAUUUUUAAAAAAUCCAUAAAAAAGUUUAGCCCUUUUCAAAAGUCAGUCGAGAAAAAAAAUUAGAAAAAUGAGUAUGCAAAGUGGCUUAUCUGGGCAAGGUCUACACACCAAGAAAGUUUCAUUGUAAUCUGAGAGGGUGCUGCCAACAUUUGUUCGAGUUGGCGCGAAAUCCGUCAUAUAUCAUAUGGAUUGGACAUACAUCAUCAAGAUACUCAAUACCCAAGGAAGUCAUGGAAAUUUCUUUUACAAAAAGUUCCUGCACCGACCGGGAAUCGAACCCGUUACCCUCAGCAUGGUCAUGCUGAAUACCCACGCCUUUACAGCUGUGGAUAUAGGGACUUUUCUCGUUUUUUUGCCGUUAUUUAUUAUUCCUCACGGUUUACUUCAUACUUCUGGCUUGCUGCACUGAUUCACACUCCUCAAUACUUAUUUUCUACGGUUGAAUGCUCACUUCUCACUCAAUCUUCACGGUGUCUGGCCAUCUGACCGAACGCUGUUUGGCUGAACGUCAUUUGACCGAAUGACAACUAGCCGAAUGGGUCGUUUGGCUGAAUGCCAUUUGGCAGAAAUAUGAUCAAAACAAUUUAAAGGAACCUUUUGACAUUGUAGCUGCUAGUAGGAUCUUCAGGAGCCAUGCACAAAUAACGUCACGCUUUUAGGGGCAAGUGGGAGUUUUGCAUAACGUGACGACCCACACAAA